AUGGUGCAUUGGCCAGGUCGGUCGGUCAGUAUGGGAACUUCGAGUGCAAAUGACAUGGACGUGAUCGUGGACGUGGACGUGGACGUGGACAAGGACAUGGACAUGGACGUGGACAUGGACGUGGACAUGGACGUGGACGUGGACAUGGACGUGGACAUGGACGUAGACGUGGACAUGGACGUGGACGUGGACGUGGACGUGGACGUGGACGUGGACGUGGUCGUGGACGUGGACGUGGACGUGGACGUGGACAUGGACGUGGACGUGGACGUGGACGUGGACGUAGACGUGGACCUGGUCGUGGACGUGGACGUGGACGUGGACGUGGACAUGGACGUGGACCUGGACGCGGACAUGGAUGGGGACAUGGACGUAGACGUGGACGUGGACGCGGACAUGGACGUGGACGUGGACGUGGACGUGGACGCGGACCUGGACGCGGACAUGGACGUGGACAUGGACGUAGACGUGGACGUGGACGUGGACGCGGACGUGGACGUGGACGUGGUCGUGGACGCGGACGUGGACGUGGACCUGGACGUAGACAUGGUCGUGGACGUGGACAUGGACAUGGACGUGGACGUGGACGUAGACGUGGGCGUGGACGUGACGUGGACAUGGACGUGGACAUAG